UCUUAUUCCACCAUAAUACUACAUUUCUCCCCACUCACUUUAAAACUUAAAACCCACCUUGACUUGUCUCCCUUAAAAGACCCCAAAAAAGAUUUCCUAUACAAAUUCCAAACCGAGUUACUAACUCACUGAGUUAAUACAAUGAUGAUGAUCCAUCGCCAACAUCCAACGGUUGAAGUUCCACCAUGGGAUCCACCUUACGAAGAUCCAACCACACCCAUUUUCUCUCCUCAAACAAACGAUUAUUUCUCCGCGUUAAGGCGUUACUUGCCGUCUUCUGAGUUUGAUGAUGAGUCCGACAACGAGUCAUCGGAUUUACCCUUUGACUCGUUUACGUGCGACAACUUCCGAAUGUACGAGUUUAAGAUACGGAAGUGUGCACGUGGGAGGUCACAUGAUUGGACGGAGUGUCCGUACGCUCAUCCUGGUGAGAAGGCUAGGAGGAGGGACCCACGUAAGUACCAUUACUCUGGUACGGCGUGUCCUGAGUUUCGCCGUGGUAGUUGUCGUAAGGGCGACUCUUGUGAGUUCGCACACGGCGUGUUCGAGUGCUGGCUACACCCCGCUCGAUACCGCACACAGCCCUGCAAGGACGGACCACACUGCAAGCGCCGCGUCUGCUUCUUCGCACACUCCCCCGACCAGCUCCGCGUCCUCCCCGAGUCUCCCACGAGUCGACUCGGUUGCGACUCGCUCAUCCGCGAUUCGCCUCCGGGUAGGCUCGGGUACGACUCGGUGCUGCGCGUGCUCCCCGAGUCGCCGCCGAGUCGACUCGGAUGUAUCGUUCCCGAGUCUCCGCCGAGUCGACUCGGGUGUGACUCGGUGGGGUUUUCACCGACGUCGGUGUUUGACUCGUUUCCUGAGUCGCCGCCGAUGUCGCCGAGUUACGGGUGUGGGUCGGUGAGUGAGUUGGCUAGUGCGAUGAGGGGGAUGCAGUUGGGGAAGAUGGGGAUGGUGGGAGCGAGGAAUGGCUGUGGUGGUGGUGGUAAUGUGUGGGGUGUGCAGAUGGGGAGUCCGAGGAGUUAUAUGGGGUGUGGGAAUGGGAUGAGUUUGCCGACGACACCAACUCGUGGUGGUGGGGCGGUGGUUAGGUCACCGACUCGGUGUUCUGGGCUUGGUUUUUUUGAUCCGUGGGAGGUGACGAUAGAGGAAGAGGUGCCAAUGGAGCGAGUCGAGUCAGGGAAGGAUUUGAGGGCGAGGAUGUAUGCGAGGUUGAGUAAGGAGAACUCGUUGGUGAGUGAUCGAGUUGACUCAGUGAGUUCUGGGCCUGAUUUUGGGUGGGUUUCUGAGUUGGUUCAGUGAUUGAUGAAGAUUUUUUUUCGGAGGGUGAAUUUACUGAUUACUGAUUUGUUAUUUUCUGAUUGUGAAUAUGAAGACGAAUUUCAACUUUUGAUUUCGGUGUAAAUAUUGUCUGAAAACAAAAAAAAAAAAAAAAUGGAGGAAAAAUGAAAUGUCUCCUAUUUUGUGGGCUGCUUUUUUGGAGGCAUUUUAGUUGGCGGGGUUAAAGAUGAAGAAGAAGAAAGAAUCAUCAAUGUACAUUUAGCUGUUCAUCCUUUGUUUUGGCUUUUGAGGUAGUCGGAAUUUUUAUCUAAAUUGUUGCCGGUGUUUUUUAAGUUCUGUUCUGAGUUUCCAGAUUAUUGAUUUUCUGAUGUUUAUGAAAGAUAGUACUUAUGUAAUUAGAGCGUCCUUUAUAUUAUUAUCCAUCAAUGUGAAUUGUUAAUCUUAUAAAUGUUUCAAAUAUUUCAAUCCAAUGUUUCUUUUGAA